CUCUUGCAUCACGCGGAAGGAGACGUCUAGCGACUCUCCUCCUGAAACAACAGUGCGGUAACAUGCGGGGAAACUUACAAUCUCAUUUUUAUCAAUAUUUUGUAACUACAUGUGAGCAGAACUAAGUGUCUCACAGCUAAAGUGGAGUAUUUUACAUCUUCGCGCUCGAGGUUCGCCACGUAGUGGCCGCUGAACUCGCACGUGGAGGUUAUCUCUGAACAGACGGAAGGAUCAAAGAUUCUCGUGUUUUCCGCCUCUCAAUAACAUCCCUCUUUAUUCAUCGAAGACAUUUUCCGGAGACCAGUUGUUCGCUCCGUUCUCAGAUGGAGAAGCAGCCUUUGCCAACCGAUGACGACAAACCCGGAGAGUAUGAGGUUAGCCGCUACGUUCAGGAGCUGCAGCAGGGAACCUCUGAACCGGCCUCUCGAGCGGGAUGGAACAGUAAAAUCGAGUACUUUUUGGCUCAGGUGGGAUUCAGUGUCGGACUCGGCAACGUCUGGAGGUUUCCAUAUUUGUGCCACCAAAACGGAGGAGGAGCUUUUCUCCUUCUCUACGUGCUGCUGAUGCUGGUCGUUGGGAUUCCCCUCUUCUUCCUGGAGCUGGCAGCCGGUCAGGCCAUCCGACAGGGCAGCAUCGGAGUGUGGAAGUCCAUCUCCCCGAGGCUCGCAGGCAUCGGUUACUCCAGCUGCGUGGUUUGUUUCUUUGUGGCGCUCUACUACAACGUGAUCCUCGCAUGGAGCCUUUUCUACUUUGGGAACUCGUUCCAGUCCCCGUUACCUUGGGAAAACUGUUCACUGCAAGGAAAUAUAACAGUGACAGAAUGUGAGAAAAGUUCUCCCACGUCGUAUUUCUGGUACCGCAAAGCUCUGGAUAUCACAUACUCCAUCGAUGAGGUGGGCUCCUUCAACCCGCAUGUUGUGGGCUGCCUGUUUGCAGCCUGGACCAUCGUGUGCCUGGGAAUGUUCAAGGGAAUCAAGUCCUCUGUUAAGGUGAUGUAUUUCUCCUCCAUCUUCCCUUACGUGGUGCUGUUCUGCUUCCUCGUCCGAGGACUCAUGCUGGACGGAGCUAAAGAAGGAAUCUUCUACAUGUUUUACCCCAAGCUUGAAAUCUGGGGAGACGUUCAGGUGUGGCGGCAGGCGGCCACGCAGGUUUUCUUCGCUCUGGGCCUCGGCUUUGGAUCCAUCAUUGCCUACUCCUCCUACAAUCCCAAGAACAACAACUGUCACCGCGAUGCCUUCACGGUCUCCUUCAUAAACUUCCUCACCUCUGUGCUGGCCACUCUGGUGGUGUUUGCUGUGCUUGGCUUCCGUGCAAAAGAAAAAGUCAUGGCAUGCGUGGUCAGUAACGUGAAGAAGUUGUCGGAGCACAGUGGUUUGGAUCCGAGCUUGAUGCCCAACUUUAACUACUCUGAUCCCAAAUCAGUGAGUCUGGAGGUCUACACUGACUGGUUUAAACGGAGUGGAAACAACUUCCCUGGCAAUUUAACAGAGUGCAACCUGGAGCAAGAGAUGCAGAAUGGCGUCGAGGGGACGGGUCUGGCUUUCAUCGCCUUCACAGAGGCCAUGACGCUGCUGCCUGGAAGCCCCUUCUGGUCGGCCAUCUUCUUCCUCAUGCUGCUCAACCUGGGUCUCAGCACCAUGUUCGGCACCAUGGAGGGCAUCCUCGCCCCGCUCAGGGACCGCUUCAAGUGUCUGGCUAACAACAAAAUCAAACUCACAGUCGGCAGCUGCAUCAUUGGAUUUCUGAUCGGCCUCAUCUUCACCCAGCGCUGUGGAAACUACUUCGUGAGCAUGUUUGAUGAUUACUCCGCCACUCUUCCACUCAUCAUCGUUGUCAUGUUCGAAACCUUCAGUGUGUCGUGGCUGUACGGAGCCGACAGGUUUCUUGACGACAUCCAUGCCAUGCUGGGCUGGCGUCCCCACGUCAUUUAUAAAUACCUGUGGAAGUACGUCUGCCUGCUGUCUAUGCUGGGGCUGCUUGGAGCUACCACCAUCCGCAUGUUUCUUCAAGCCCCGACCUACAGGGCAUGGAACCAGGACACGGCGACGGAUAGAUUUCUGCGUUACCCCGGCUGGGCCCUGGCUGUUUUGUCUUUACUCAUCAUAUUUGCCAUGUUGCCCGUCCCAGUGGGGCUGAUCCACGCUGUUAUGCAGGACAGGAGAAAGCAAAAGCUGAAGUACAGGGACACAGAGACUGGUCACUACAGCGUCGUAAACACUGAUGAAACUCCAAUGGCCGACGUGUCAGAGCUGGAGGACGCAAACGGCUUCACUACUUCUCCUUCCUAAACACUGGCUUCAGUUUGUGGUGAAACUUGACCUGAAAUAUACAGCAAAGCAAAAUUAAACGGUCCGUUUUAAAAGACAUUUAAAUGAUCCUUUAGCUUUUACCAAACGUGAGUCAAAAGCUUGUUUUUUAAUAUUUAAAAAUAUAUCUUUAUUUAACUUAACUUAUGCCCA